AUGAGGUCUGCACUGCGCGGUGCGGUACCGUCGACGGUCUAUGCGCUGAGCACUGUUCCUGGGCGGAGUGCGCUUGCUGUGGUGCGCGUCUCUGGUCCCCAGAGUGCCUCGGUGUUCCAAUCAUUGACACGUCGUGCCAAGCAAGGUCCACCACCUGCACGGCAGGCGCUGUUGAGGAAGCUGUACGCCCCGGGGAUGGCCACAGGUGCGAGUCCCAUUGAUACGGCGAUCUGCGUGUGGUACAAGGGUCCUCACAGCUUCACUGGGGAGGAUACGCUCGAGUUGCAACUGCAUGGUGGGAGGGCCAUCGUUGCCAAGGUGUUGCAAGCGCUGCAGGAGUUGCAAUUGACACCUGCUGGUCCUGGGGAGUUCUCCCGGAGGGCGCUGCGGCACCGGAAGCUUGGGCUUCUUGAGCUGGAGGCCAUGCGGGAGGCCAUUGACAGCGAUACGGAGACGCAGCGGGUCGCUGCCGCUGGUGCUGGGGCCAGUAAGCUCCGCAGUGAACUGCUCAGCUGGAGACAGACGCUGCUUGAGUGUCUUGUUGAGGUGCAGGCAGCAAUUGACUUUGGAGAGGACGUAGAGGUGACUCGGUCCCCAGUUCUUCUGUCCCGGCUCGCGCAAUUGCGCCGGGAGUCCCACGCGGUGCUGGAGAGGGCCCGCCGUGGCCAAUUGCUCUCCCAGGGUGUUCGCGUCGUGCUGUUCGGUGCACCCAACGCGGGGAAGUCUUCACUGCUGAACCUGUUGGCCCGCGACGAACACGCCAUUGUGAGCGAUCUUCCGGGGACCACUAGGGACUCCAUCGACACUUUGCUCGACAUGGGCGGUUUCAAGACCAUACUAAGCGACACCGCCGGUAUUAGGGACCUUGGCGACUCUGGGGAGUCCCUUGCGUCCCGCAGCAUCGAACAGAUCGGGAUCCAAAGGGCGUGCGGGAAGCUCGCCGCGGCAGACCUCGCAGUACUCGUCGUGGACGGGUCCCCCGAGGGUUUACUUGCCCAGGCGGAGAUCUCACGGCUGUUGCAAUUGCCCCGUCCGCAACAGCUCGUCGUCGCGGUGAACAAGUCGGACCUCUUGGGCCCGUCUACACUCCCACAGGCCAUUGAUACUUGGCGACAGAGGCUGGGACCCACGGUCCCCGUCGUCCCCGUCUCCUGCAAGACGCACGGCGGCGCAGAGGACCUUGUUGCGGCACUUAAGAAGCAGUUUACGUUGCUGACCGGUUCGAACUCGCAGGUCGAGGAACCAGUGAUGGUAUCGCACCGGGUCCAUGACACUCUCGAGAACGAGAUCAUCGCGAGUGUAGACGCCGUACUUUCUCAGGGUCCUGACACAGACCUUGCGCUUGUCUGCGAACACCUACAAGCGGCCGCGCACGGCGUGGGGAAGAUCCUCGGCGACGCUAUCGGCAUCGAAGAGGUCCUCGACGGCGUCUUCGCCAACUUCUGCAUAGGUAAGUAG